UUUACCACAAGCAAAGAGGUUUUUGUUUAUUGAAAUGGCGGCGAUGAAAUACAUAAUAGUCAUCAUCCUUCUUCUUUCGUCAACACUACUUGCUCACUCUUCUUCUACGAGAUCUUUCUUCUGGUUAGGAGAAACACAAGAUAUGAAAGCCACGAAAAAGGAGAAGGAGAUAGAUGGAGGAACAGCUAAUGAAGUUGAAGAAAGACAAGUUCCCACCGGAUCCGACCCUCUCCAUCAUAACCACAUUCCUUUUACUCCAUAGAGAGAUUCAUUCAUUCCUCCUUUUAUUUAUUUGUUCUUCUGUUUCACAUUCAUGUUGACAUAUUAGUUUGUAACAGCUUUCACAUUCCAGUUUUCAAUUUUGUUUAUCCGAAUGUUAAUCCCUUUUGAU